AUGACAAUCGCAGAAAGGAAACUCAACCUCCUCAGCCUUGACGGCGGAGGCAUCCGUGGCCUCUCGUCCCUCUACAUCCUGAAGCGAGUCAUGGAAGCCAUCAAUCCUGACUCUCCACCAAAGCCGUGCGAGUACUUUGACAUGAUUGCUGGAACAAGCACUGGAGGCCUCAUCGCCAUCAUGCUUGGCCGCUUAAAAAUGGACGUCAGCGAAUGCAUCGACGCCUACAAUACCCUCGCCACCCAAGCCUUCACCCGAAAAGCCUACAUCCCCAUAGCCGUAACCGGCAAUGUAAAAGAGCGCUUCGACAGCAAGCAACUAGAAGCAGCUCUUAAAAAAGCCAUAGCAGACAGACUUCACGACCAAGACGCACUGCUAAAAGACUCCGACACCUCGUGCAGAGUAGUCCUAUGCGCAACCAGAGCAGGAACAAGUACGACUGUUGUGCUGCGAAGUUAUCGUAACGAGCGGGAGUGUUCUGAGUUGUAUAAUACCGUAAAGAUCUGGGAAGCUGGUCGUGCUACGUCUGCGGCGUCUUCGUUCUUCGAUCCGAUAACGAUUGGUCCGAAUGGACAACGGUUUUUCGAUGGUGCGACGGGGUCUAAUAAUCCGAUUCGGCAUCUAUGGAUGGAAGCUAAAGAUAUCUGGCCGGCUGCGCCGUUGGAAGAGCAGAUUGGUUGCAUAGUGUCUGUUGGGACUGGUGUCCCACAGGCCACGAGAUACGAAACGAAGGGGAUAGGCGGGCUCAAGACGCUAAAAGCUUGUGCUACGGAAACGGAAUAUACAAAGGAAGAAUUUGCAAUUGAACACUCGGAUCUUGUUGCGAAUGAUCAAUACUUCCGGUUCAAUGUUCCGGAUGGACUUGCGAAUAUUGGACUUGAGAAAGUGGCCAAGAUUGAUCUUAUUGUUGGCAUUACGGAAAAUCAUCUCGCGAACGAUGUCGUUCGGGAACGAGUACUGGCUUGCGCGGGGUCACUGAGCAAGAGUAAAGGCUACACCGUCUUGGACCGUCCUCCAUCAAAGACUUCUCUUUGGGAAGUUACCGGGUUAGCACGGGCUCAGGUUCAUAGUAAGUUUUCGAUUCUCCAUUCAAGUCAUACCUUAUUCUAA